GUGAUAUCCAAAUACUUUCCUUAUUUUAUUCCAGGUUUUGUACUUUGUUCUGUCGUUAUGUAUUACUAUUACAGGGACUGGGGAGAUUAAAAGUUCUCUCAAUGUAAGUAGAAUACAUUUUUGAAAGCAUUAUAUCAGUAGCCUGAUUUUAAGUUAUUUAAACUUAAUGCGGGAUUCGUGAAAUAUUAUGGUAAAAGUAUUCUUCUUGGACUGGCACCGGAUUUGUAAGCGGAAAGCUACAUUUAAUUUCAAACUAAAUCUAGAGCACAUUGUAAAAUAAAGUACUAAUGCAUCAAUAACCCCCAGCCAAUCACAACGCGCCCUUCCUGCUAGACCAUGACGUCACACAGCGCGGCUUCUCCACAGGUGAUUGGUGCCCGGCGCCGACCAAUCACAAUCCGUCCUUCACAGCAAAGUUGUUAACCCCCAACAGUAGCACUUUGCUUUCCACCUCUCUAGUUUCAGCUGCUCGGCUACUAGAAACUAACAUUUAGAGACUAACCGGCGGGAUUAAAGAUGAUAUCGACGGUGAUUAUCGAUCGGACGGAGAUGAUCGAUCAGACCGAGUGGGGAUUGAGCGGAAGGAAUAACACCCAUGUCGGCUCGCACUGCUUGCGUCGUGGGUCCGAUUCCCCGGCGUAUUUACCAGUGACCUGCGCUACAUGUCCCCGGUCCUGGUCCCGGGUGGGACCCAGGCCGCCCGGGGAUGAAUUCCCGGCCUGGUGAGUCUUCAUCCCGGGUUGGGGGACCGAGCGGCUGCCCCGGGAGGGCCGCUCCGUGAUGGGGCUUCUGGCGUCAAAUGAUUUCAGACACGCAAUCAAAUUCCUGGCUGGCUGGAGCACCACCUCCAGCGCGCCAUCUCGGCCCAGCAGGUGUACGGAGAGAAGAGGGACAACAUGGUGAUCCCGGUGCCCGAGGCGGAGAGCAACAUCCCCUACUACGAGGCCUUCUACCCCGGGGACUUCAACAUGCCAAAGCAGCUCAUUCACAUACAGCCUUUCAGCCUGGACACAGAGCAGCCCGACUACGACCUGGACUCGGAAGACGAGGCCUUCGUGGUCAAGCUUAAGAAGAAGAUGGAGAUCAGCUUCCACCAGUUUGAGGAGAUGCUGGACCGCCUGGAGAAGGGGAGUGGACAGCAGCUGGUGAGUCUCCCCGAGGCCAAGCUGCUCCUGAAGGAGGACGACGAGCUGAUCCAGGAGGUGUUCGACUACUGGAGCCGCAAGAGGAAGGUGGGCAAGCCGGGCUGCCUGCUGGCCGUGGUGAAGCAGGAGAAGAGGGACGGAUCCAGCACCAGCGACCCCUACGUGGCCUUCAGGCGGAGGACCGAGAAGAUGCAGACCCGCAAGAACCGUAAGAACGACGAGGGGUCGUACGAGAAGAUGCUGAAGCUGAGGAGGGACCUGAGCCGAGCCGUCACCAUCCUGGAGAUGAUCAAGAGGAGGGAGAAGAGCAAAAGGGAGCUGCUGCACCUCACCCUGGAGAUCUUCGAGAAGAGGAACGUGAUGUCUGACUACAGCGGGGAGGUGAUGGCGGAGGUCCUGGCCCAGCAGGCCCUGGUCAAGCCCCAGAUCAUCCCCCUGGUCCCCAUCGUCAACCAGUACCGCCACCAGGACCACCUGGACCUCAAGCCUGAGAAGGCGGAGGUCCCGCGGCAGAAGAGGAAGUACGAGAAGAAGCAGAAGGUGGUUGCCGCGGCGCCCGGCCUCCCCCACCACCCCGGCCCCGCCCUCUUCAACGCCAAGGACCUCAACCAGUACGAUUUCCCCAGCUCGGACGAGGAGCCCUACGCCCAGCUGCACUCUGGGUCCUCGGAGGCGGAGGAGGAGAACGACCCCGACGGCGUCUUCGCCUUCCGCAGGAAAGCAGGCUGCCUCUACAACACGUCCCUCCAGGAGCGUGUUGGGUGCUGGCCUUGGACGGAUCCGUCGGAGGGUGGGGUGGAGGACGGACGCUACCGCUACAGCCUCGCCACCCUCACCAUCCCCCGACGCUGCCUGGGCCUGGCCCGACGGAGGAUGGGCCGGGGCGGCAGGGUUCUGCUGGACCGGGCGCACACGGACUACGACAACGUGUUCCACCGGCUGGACCCGGAGACCCUCCUCCUCCCCCCCUCCCGGGCGCCUCCUCGUCUCCUCCCUCCUCCUCCCCCUUCGCACUCGGCCCUCACAGAGAAACUCUCCAGUACCUCAGACACGAAUACCUCGGAGCGCAGGAGCGCCUCCACCGCGCCCCCCGCCGGCGGCUCCUCCUCCUCCUCCUCCUCCUCCUCGUUGUCGCGCUGCUCCUCAGACCUCAGUCACCUCCUGUUGAACAUUAAGGCGUGCCGCUGGCGCCACUUCCGGCCUCGAACACUACCGCCGCACGCACUGGCCGACGCCCACCCCCUCUUCAGACGCCUCAGCCGGGGUCUGAGGCGGCCCGGCCCGGACGGCGGCUCCCUGGGGGGCCCCGCGGCCCCUAGCAGGCCGGCCCCCCCUCCCGUCGUGGCGCUAACAGCAGAACAGUACCAGCACCACCAGGACCAGCUGGCCCUCAUGCAGAAGCAACAGCUGGAGCAGCAGACGCACAGCAGCACCGCUGCCCACAGCGCCCCUGGCCUUGUCUCCAAGACGUUGGACGUAGCUAGCGCCCAGCUGGCUGCAUCGGCGCUGCUGACCAGCGAGCAGGUGCUCGCCUUCAAGGCCAAGGAGGACACGCCUCCGGGGGGCGGAGUCAAUGGCGUCCUGCCGCCCUCAGGUGUUUUCAAAGGUCUGGUCCUCCAGGGCACAGCGUCCCCCGCCCCUCCCUCCAACACCGCCACAAGCUCCGCCUUCCUCCAUCCUGGCAACGUCCUAAACUCCGCCCCCAGCUCCAAUAACAACGGCACCAGCCACGGUGUCAUGCCCAACGCUCCCACUGCAACCACUCAGGUGCUGCUAGGCAACAACAACAGUCUCCGCCUGGCGCUGCCCAACGCCAAGCGGCCCCACGGCUACGCCCCCCGGACACUGAGCAGCGCCGUGACCACGUCGGCCCUAAAGCUAGCCGCCGCCGCCAACUGUCAGAAGAACAAGGUCCCCGCCAACUCGCCCUCGCCCAUGGACCUUGUGCCCAGGGAGAACCACGAUCAAGACCAGCCUGCGCUGAGCAGCCUAUCAGAGAACACGUUGGCCAUGGAGGUUACGUAGCCCCGCCCCCCAGGCCACGCCCACCUCAGCUCCACUCUUCCUGGUUGGCCCUGGAGAUGCACUGCGCCUUUUAGGAGCCAAGAGUCCAGGCUGCUGGGCGGGGACGGGGUGGGGGGGGGGGGUUGCGCACGGACACACACACACAAACACACACACGCCGUCUCCACGGCAACCGUUUCGGGACUUAAUUGCAAUGCUCGUCUGGUAUGUUUUUUGUUUCCCCCUCCCUAAUUGGUUACUGUUGAUAAGAGAUGGAUGUGUGUAAAUUAUGACCUUGGAGACGAUGUGUACAGAAAUGCAUAUUUGUAAAGCCCCCGCCCCCCACCCCCUCUUGUAUAUAACAUUACUUGAAUACAGAACUGUUCAUCUGUGAGGUUUGCACUCGGAUGUCAGCGAAAGAACAAAUAUCAAAUUUAAAAUAGAAAAUGUGUUAAACUGCAACGUGUGUGCGUCGGCGUGUCUGCGACUGCGUGUGUAACAGCGUUUGUGUGUGCGUCAGUGUGUACGUGUGUGUGAGUGCGCAUGUGUGUGUGUGUGACAGCGUGUGUGUGUGUGCCUGCCACAACGGUCUGUUGUAUUUAUUGUGCGUGUUUAUGAGCCGUUCUUCCUUUAGUCCCUCUUGUGUUCUCCGUGCCGUCUGUGUUUAGCACUAGGUGUAUACGUCUCCCUGCGUUAGUCUGUAUGUCGUGAGGGGAAGGCCUGGUCCUCGUCUCCAGUCGGUCCAUUUUGUUCGUGUUGAGUCAGUGAUGACGUUGCGUUUAUCAAGGUUCUGAGUGACGGAAGGGCCUCUCCCCCCCGCACGCACCGUAAUGGAACAGUCCAUCUGUGGCGUGAUCUUUGGCAGUUGGUUUAAUCGGUUUCCCACACAAGCUCUUCCAUCGUAAAUUAUUCCAGAGACGAGAAACAAAGCGUCGGGAAAUUGAGUCUGGUUCCCUGAAGACUUGGCUGCUUCUGACGUAUCUAGCACUAUGAUUCAUCUUUUUAGAUUUAUUUUUUAUUGAUGCUGCUUGUUUGUAUGAUUUUGGGUUUUGUUUUUUUCUGGUCUGUGCCAGUCGGCACUUUUCUACCCUCAAGGAUAACCCCACCGUCACAUCCACCUCAUUUUGUGAAAAAGAUAUUUUUGUAAGAAAUGUUUUGUUAUGAUUGUAUGUCUCCUCGAAGAAAAAGUCACUCUUUUGUCACUUGUCAAUCUAAAAAAAAUGUAAGGGAGAAAAAUCGCAGUACUUGUCUCGACAUUAAUCAUCAUUCCAGUUUUGACGUAAUACAAAAUGAAAUAAAUAAACAAAUGUAUUAAGUGAAACGACAAAAAAAAAAAAAGUUAACAAACUGAUUAUUUUUCCUUGCUUUGGGAUGUCUGAAGGCCGGGCAGACGCUAGUGGAAUCUGGUGCCUUCUUUGGAAAAAAGAUUCAAUAAACUCCAUGCCCUCUCUUCUGUGAAGAGUUUGGUUCUGAACUAACAAAUGUGUGCGUUGAUUUUCUCUGGGUCCUCAGUUUCCAUGUCUACGCCCUUCACUACCCUAAAAACCAGCAGGCCUGGUGAGCCUUCGUUGAUUUUACAAGGCUGAUGUUUACAACAUCACGAAAGCUGACCGACCCAUGAGUGGGGUCUAAUGCUUCUACAAAAGGGUUUAUCCAUGAAGCAUGACUCAUCUAGAAGUCCAGAUCAGCUUCCCAUGAAUAGAAUUACAUGAAUCAUCUAACUUGAUUCCCAGACUUGGCCAUGUCUAUUGUCUAACCCUUUAUCUGAUAAUGAUCCUCUCUCUCUUGGAGGGCUAUGGGUGGGUUUGGAUGUAUUGCUCCAUGGCUAAGUGGCAGAAACGUAAGCGACUCAAGCGUUCCUACAUUGUCGAAAUACUGGAGUUCAUCCUCUGGAUAAAGAAAAUAAACGAAAUCCUGUUUGAUAGUAACGUAGGUGCAACAUUCUCGCUGUAUCCCCAUAAAGCAGCGGCUGAGAUGCGCCCAUCCUAGAAACGGUACCGUAAGACAUUCAUGCUCCCUCAGCGUAGUACGCCGGUACUGUGCUGACCUCUAGCGGCUUCACCCCCGAAACAUGCAUGGUAAGUCGCUUCACUAAGUUGCUAGGCAACACUGACGAGCUUGCGGUUGGUUGGAAUGCCGUUGGAGAGCAAAAAAUUAUAGUUUGUAGGAAUUAUACCUGCUGCCAGUACGGUUCAUAUUAUACAUAUACUUU